AUGAGUCAGGCUGGUGAAGAAUCAUGGGUGUCCUACUGCGAAAAGCUCCCCUCCAACCUGGUCUCCCAGAACCAGAAGAGGCAUGAAGUGGGCGGAACCAUGCAGGCGCAGUCUCCAAUUGCUCGGAAAAAGCCCUGGGGAGAGCUCUCUAGAUCCAUCCGAGAAUGCAGCCUUGGAAAGCCGAACCCGCCCAGAAGGACGGAUCACGCUGAUUGCCAAAGCCACCUCCGGGGUUGUAAGGAUCCGGUGCGGAACCGCCCGAAGCAUCCCGAGGGGCAUCAGCCGCCGCUGUGCCCGCACGUGCGAUCUUCGCCCAGCCUGGGUAUAGAGAGGGCAUCCCUGUUCAACCGCAAUGCUGCAGAGAAGCUGGACACUUUCUUCUCCCAGAAGCUGAAAGCCCGCGUGUCCGACCCCUGCGAGGACCUGGGGACCCCUCAGGAAGACCCCACAGACCCCAGUGGGCCCUGGAGGGACCCCAGGAAGGAACACGCUGGCCCCGAGCGAAACUGCAGGAGGCAGGAUCACAGCCGCGCAACGCAAGGAAGAGGAGAUGCCACCCAUGCCCACGGCUGCCACCCAUGCCCUCGGACCCUCCGGCACUGUCUCACUGGCAAAGGCGGGGCAUCGGAGCGCGUCUAUUGGCGGCAGGAGAGCAGCAGGCCCUCCACGGCCGUCAGCAGCUCAGCACGGAUCCUGCCUCGCUGCAGAAUCAGCCACGUCCAGAGCUGUACUGCCUGCCAAGCGUUUAACAGAGACACGCCAACGGGCAUGGAGACGCUCCAGGAGAACGUCUGGAGUCUGCCGGAAGGCAAGGAGAGAGCGGGUUUGAGUGCCCCCCGCCAGAGGGAAAGGACGGGGCCUCCUUGCCGGCGGCAGGUGCCAGACCGGUUUUUGAAAGUUCAGCAGUGGCUGGAGGAGACGCCGGCCGAAGACCCUCCGUCCCACCCAAGGCAACAGGGGCGUGGGGCUGGGCAUCGGGGCAGCCCAGGCACUAUGGGGUGGCCACCUGCGUACGGAUCACCGGAUCAGAAGGAAAGGGAUUCUUGGGGAGAGGCAGGAGGCUGUCCAAGUCCGGACCCCACAGCUGACAUCAGGCACAGAAUGAAGAGCCACCAGGAAGAGGAUCCCACGCAUCAGGCUUCCGGGCUCCACGCCUGCGACGACGCCAGCACCUCUCCCGCCACGUGCUCCUGCCUCUUCUGCGAGCAACAGAGGCCGCGCGCCACGCUGGUCUCCGGCAAGAAAAAGCCGGACCCCUCUGCCGCGGAGGUGGCCGUGCAGCUGCAGGCGGAGAACCGGAUCCCCCGGAUCGUGGAGGCCUUCGAGCGCCGUUCGCUGAGGGAGGCCAAGAUCGUGGAGAGGGAGAAGGCGUACCUGUCAGCCCGGCAGAGGGAGCUGGAGAAGCGGGCAAGGGCGGGCAAGGCACGUGGGAACGCCAGGCGAGGCCACCACCAGGCCAGCGGCGCCAAGGCAAGGAAGCCCCAUGCCAAGGAAGAGGAGCAGAUGCCGCGUGAGGAGCCCAGGCCCCGGGCAGUGCCAGAGGGGCCCCCAAAGCGCCACCAGGCGAGGGAGCAAACCGCAAGCAAGCCCAGUUUCAUGGACAGACUGCGAGGGCACUACUAG